UCGCAGUAGUUUUUUUGCAUAUUUCUAGUUUAUAUCUUAUCGUUAUUGUUGGCAAAGUCAAAGGUUGAAUGGAAUUGACUCAUGUCUUAAACCAUUCAAUCUCUUGUAAUAAUCUCUGUUUCUUGUUUUUUCCCCUUUCCAAUGGUUUAUUCCUUUUCCCUUUCUGAUUCUGAAUUUAUUUUGGGAAUUAUGCACAUUUUGUGUGUAACCUCUGAUUCUCCUCUUGCAAAAAUAAAGACUAAGAAUCGGUUUAUUCUCUUUGAUCUUUCUUCUAUUUUCAAUUGCCUUUGAUCUUUAAUUUUCUCGGUUUCCGGGGUUUCAAAUGACUAAAGAAUUGUGAGGAUUUGAUCAGUUUCUGGGCAUCCCAACCAUUCAUUCCUCCAAGAUUUAAGGGUUAAGGAAGGAUGACUAAGAUGGAGCAUGGGAAUGUCCAGUUGACUGAACUGCAGCAGGUAAAGAGAGAUGCUCCAGGAGACUUUGAAGAAGCACCAAACGAAUCCCCCCGGAAACUGCAGUUUUCAUGCAACUCCACUUGUUCAUUCUUGAAGCAAGAAUAUAAUAAGUCUGAUGCAGCAAAACGGUCUAAGACGACUGUUAAACUGUGCGGACUUAUAAUUUUUUAUACUAUAAUCAUGGUAAUUGAGAUUGUCGGAGGGCUGAGAGCCAACAGCCUAGCAAUUCUUACUGAUGCAGCUCACUUGCUGUCUGAUAUUGCUGGAUUCUGCAUUUCUCUUUUUACGGUAUGGGUGUCUGGUUGGGAGGCAACUCCACUACAAUCUUUUGGGUUCAAUCGUCUUGAAGUUAUAGGAGCCCUUCUCUCUGUGCAGCUAAUAUGGCUAAUCUCUGGGACUUUGAUCUAUGAAGCAGUCAACAGGCUUAUUACCAGAGUCACAAAAGUAGACGGGAAACUCAUGUUUGCAAUUGCCGUAUUUGGUUUCUUGGUUAAUUUUCUCCUGGUUCUAUGGCUCGGUCAUGACCAUUCUCAUCAUCACCAUUCUCACCAUGCCUGUAAGGACAAUGCCCACGAUGAUGAAGCCGAAGGAUCAUGCAGAGGAGAGGGAGAUGAAAGCAUGAAGCUUGUGUCAACUCCUCAUGGGAAGACUGAAAUGUUAAACAUAAACAUUCAAGGGGCUUAUUUGCAUCUCGUUACUGAUCUCAUACAAUCUGUUGGUGUAAUGAUUGCUGGAUGUAUUAUAUGGAUAAAACCAAAAUGGUUAGUGAUUGAUCUGAUUUGCACACUCAUCUUCUCCAUUAUUGCCUUGGGCACCACCUUGCCCAUGCUGAAGGAUAUCUUCUACAUACUGAUGGAGAGGGCACCGAGUGAGGUUGAUAUCGUUGCCCUUGAAAACGGUCUCAAACUCAUCAGAGGAGUUGGUGAUGUCCACGAUCUUCAUGUUUGGGACAUCACAAUGGGAAAACAUGUAUUGGCUUGUCAUGUCGUAACUGGGAGUGAAGUUGAUCCGAACAAAAUCCUGCAAGAGAUCAGGGAAUACUGUGAAGGAGCAUUCGGAAUUUAUCAUGUAACUAUACAGAUAGAACGAGAAUAACGGCGACUUUUCUCCACCUAGAAACAUUUUCGUCAUGCGUUCUUGGAAAGAUAUUACCAUUGCAAGACAAGCGGUUGAAAUCUGAUGAAGAAUGCAGCAACGUUGUCAUCAGCAGGUCUUGACAUAACUCUGCUCAAACUUUAAGCACUCAGCAGAACACCUCAAAUUUCUGUUUUUGGAACCGAUGGAUGUCAGAAUUCCUUUCACCGUCGUGUUUAUGUGUUUGUUUGCUAACACAACUUUUUGGAAGAAUUGUUGGCUGAAGGUUAUGUGCUUUGAAUUAAGGUG